AUCCCGAUUCCAAUGGACACGACAAAUUCCACGUAGCCUUAAAGGCUUAAGAGCGGUCGCAAGUUGAAACUCGAAACCUUGGAUUUAGGACAACAUUUUCUCUUUCGAUCUUGCAUUCUCUUUCCCCUUACUAAAUUAUAAUUUUGAGAACCAAGUCACAGGGUCACAAUUUUUCUCUUUGAGGAAAUUGAUGAUGCUUUGAAUUAAACGCGGCAUGAGUUCUUUGAAUCAGCUGGGGAGGCUCGUCAAUGGACUCUCCUUAAUCGCUAGAGAGGUUGCUAAACGCUCCCAAACGAUCGAGCACGCCAAGAAUGGCGAUCUCGAAACCCUAAUCUCUUCUUCUCUCAAAAAUGCUUUAGUUUCGGCUACGGACCUGACGGGCUUAACUAAAGGUAAGGUACGCGAGUUUUCCAAGCCUAGGCCCAAAGACUCCGUCCUCUACUUCAACAGCACCAAUGAUGGCGGCGGGGAGGACGUUGUGAAUUCUUCCUCAAACGACAUCGCACGUGCGAGCCUUACCAACGAUGAAACGGUUGAUUCUGAUAAAGGCGUUAGUAAUAAUGGUCAAACGAUUCCCCAGGAGAGAAUUGUUAAUGAUGGUUUAGAGACACAAUGUGAGUCCAUUUCGGAUAAUAAGAGGUAUGUGGACGGCGGCGAAGUGGUCAAAACGGCGGCAGAGGCGACAGUACCUGUGAAGAGACGGAGGCCAAGGGAAAGGAAGGUUCCCGCUACUACAUUUUCUAGAGCAUUUGGCUUUGCUGCUUUAGGAGCUGGUCUAGCAUGGGGAACAGUUCAGGAAUCUGCCAAGAGGCUUGUUUAUGGUUCUCCUAACUCAAAUGAAAAGCAAUCUGCCGUUUCACCAUUCUUGUCUGAAAAAAAUGCCGAAAGAUUGGCCCUUGCAUUAUGUAGGAUGCGUGGCGCAGCUCUUAAACUCGGACAGAUGUUAAGCAUACAAGAUGAAUCCCUUGUUCCAGCUCCGAUAUUGGCUGCUCUGGAUAUUGUGCGUCAAGGUGCAGAUGUGAUGCCAAGGAGCCAGCUCAAUCAAGUUUUGGAUGCUGAACUUGGUCCUGGUUGGUCGACAAAGUUGACUAGCUUUGAUUAUGAACCCUUGGCCGCUGCAAGUAUUGGCCAGGUUCACAGAGCUGUCAUGAAGGAUGGUAUGGAUGUAGCAAUGAAAAUUCAGUACCCUGGUGUGGCAGAUAGCAUUGAAAGUGACAUUGAAAAUGUCAAACUUCUAUUAGAUUAUACAAAUCUAAUUCCUGAAGGACUGUAUCUUGACAGAGCAAUGAAGGUGGCUAAAGAAGAAUUAUCUCAAGAAUGUGACUAUCAGUUGGAGGCAUCCAAUCAGAAAAGAUUCCGUGAUAUGCUAUCUGGCCAUGAUGGAUUUUAUGUUCCACUUGUUGUGGAUGAUAUUUCAAGCAAAAGAGUUUUAACCACGGAACUUAUUUCUGGAGUUCCAAUUGACAAGGUUGCAUUACUGGACCAAGGAACUCGUAAUUAUGUUGGGAGAAACUUGCUAGAACUGACAUUAAUGGAGCUUUUUGUUUUCCGCUUUAUGCAGACUGACCCCAAUUGGAGUAAUUUCCUAUAUGAUGAGGCUACCAAAACAAUCAAUCUCAUUGACUUUGGAGCAGCUCGAGAUUAUCCUAAACGAUUUGUUGAUGACUAUUUGAGAAUGGUUAUGGCUUGCGCAAAUAAUGACAGAGCAGCAGUUAUUGAGAUGUCACAGAGACUUGGAUUCUUGACAGGAAAGGAAUCAGAGGUAAUGUUGGAGGCUCACGUUCAAGCUGGUUUUGUUGUGGGAUUGCCAUUCUCAAAGUCUGGUGGCUAUGAUUUCCGCUCAACUAAUAUUACUCAAAGCAUUUCAAACCUCGGGGCAACAAUGCUGAGGCACCGCCUUACACCACCCCCAGACGAGGCCUACAGUCUUCAUCGGAAAUUGUCAGGUGCUUUCUUGGCUUGCAUUAAGCUAGGGGCUGUUGUACCAUGCAGGGAAUUGUUGCUUGAUGUCUACGAGCACUACCAUUUUGGCGAAGAUGAGGGGACCUUAUCAACUGCUUCAGUAUCUUGACGACGUUGGGAUUAUUUAGUUUAUAAAUUUUGAUUCUUUUUAUUACAUUUGUAAUAAAAAUUAAGGGAUUCAAUUUGCCAAGUGCACAUCCCGUUAUAAUAUGAAUUCUCUAUGUUAAGUUUUGUUAUUUUAAAAUCUAAUGUUGCAAAUAUAUUAUGUUAGUUUAUUA